CCCACCCCACGCCCUCCCUGAUGAGGGCUGGAGCAAAAUGGUUCUCAAGUGAACAAACUCAAGACUUUCCUCUGCAAGAGAAACGGUGCGCCUUGAGUUGGAAGCCUUAAGAAGCUGAUCUUGCUGGCUGCGCUUCGGAGUUGUUGGGCUUUUUGUUGCUUUUUGGACGGGCUGCUCCGGAGAUGUCGAAGGGCUCUUGAGAAGAAGCUUGCAGGACACGCAGAGAGAAUGCUUGUUUGCUCCAGCCCCGGACAAGGGUGGACCUCAAAGAUAGGAGCUGGCGCCUGGUGACAUUGCAAGUGAUCCUGUUCUCCUUUGUUUCGCCAAAACUCGAAUUGGUCCCAUCUCCCAGCGAUGGCAACAGAAGUGGUGUGUGGAUUGAUCUUCAGACUACUACUUCCCAUCUGUCUAGUCACUGCAUGUGCGUUCCGCUACAAUGGACUCUCAUUUGUCUACCUCAUCUACCUGCUACUCAUUCCUCUUUUUUCGGAACCUACAAAAACAACAAUGCAAGGGCAUACAGGCCGGUUACUAAAAUCCUUGUGCUUCAUGAGUCUAACAUUUCUGCUUCUGCACAUCGUAUUUCAAAUCACAAUAAACAGCCUUGAAGCUGGUAAAAGUAUUAAACCUGAUUAUAACUGCUUGACCUGGGAAAAAACACUCCGGCAAAUUGGAUUUGAAAGUGUCAAAGGGGCAGAUGCUGGCAAUGGGAUCCGAAUUUUUGUUCCUGAUAUUGGUAUGUUCAUUGCCAGCCUUACCAUAUGGCUUGUCUGCAGAAACAUUGUUCAAAAAGCAGCGCAAGAGGAUGCAGGACAGUAUAACACACAGUUUGAAAAUGAAGACAUGAAUGAAGGGGAGAGACUAGAGGCAGAUGAUGCAUUAAUAUAUGAAGACUUAGAUGAUGCAGAACAUGGGGAAGAAGGAUCUGAAGAAACCACAAAAUUAAAACUACUGCGUAGAAUUGCCUCAAUAGCUUCAAAAGUGAAGGAGAUUAUUGGCAACAUUAUAACCACAGCUGGAAAAGUUGUUAUUACGAUUUUACUUGGUACAACAGGAAUGAUGUUGCCAUCGCUGACUUCAGCUGUGUAUUUCUUUUUAUUCUUGGGUUUGUGUACAUGGUGGUCCUGUUGCCGAGUGUUUGAUCCGCUGAUAUUCAGCUGUCUCUGUGUGUUAAUGGCUAUAUUCAGUGCAGGCCACUUAAUUGGACUUUACCUGUACCAGUUACAGUUUUUCCAGGAAAUUAUUCCACCAGAUGACUUUUAUGCCAGAUUAUUUGGUGUCACUUCAGUUAUUCAGACCAACUGUUCAAGCACUUGGAAAAUUAUAACUAACCAAAAGUUGUUUUGGUAUCACCAUACUAGCCCCAUCUUGGUGCUGCUAUUAUACUAUACCCUAGCAACUCUCAUUCGACUUUGGCUCCAUGAACCUAUUGUACAGCAUAUACCUGAUGAUGAUGAUAAAUCUGGUAACAGGGAAGAGGAAACAGACUGCACCCAUGUCCAAAUGACGGCAGAAAGAAGGCGCAGUUUGUGGUAUACAAGCCGCUACACAACUGAUGAAAGAAAACUUCUCUCAAUGACUCAAGAUGAUCACAAGCCAUCUGAUGUCCUUCUAGUAACAGUGAAUGGUACACCUGUAGACUAUCAGAGCAUACACCCAUUAUGUCCCAUGGAGAAUGGGCCUGCGAGGGUAGAUAUGUAUUCAAGACCGCACUACAAAUGGGACCCAACAGUUGAUGACUUAGAAAAGAAAGAGGAGGAAGAAGAGGAAGAAGAGGAUGAGGAAGAAAAUGUUGAGGAAGAAGUGAAUCCCAAAGUUCAUGCAAUGGUCACAGUUUUCCAUUUUAUCAUGAAGCAAAGUUAUGUUUGUGCUCUGAUUGCCAUGAUGGCCUGGAGUAUUACUUACCAUAGCUGGUUGACAUUUGUGAUGUUGAUAUGGUCCUGCAUACUUUGGAUGCUUCGUGAUCGAAGGAAAUAUGCUAUGAUCAGUUCACCUUUUAUGGUGGUAUAUGGAAACUUGUUAUUAACAUUUCAGUACAUAUGGAGUAUUGAUCUGAAUGAGAAUGAACUUCCGACGGUUUCAGGAUUUCUAGAACGGAAAGCUCCUACAGAAUUAGCAUCAAAGAUUCUUUUUGCAAUUACAUUUUGGCUACUGCUCAGACAACAUCUCACUGAGCGGAAAGCUUUUCAGUUAAAAGAAGCUGUUUUAUCAGAGGUAAAAGUUGAAGAAGAAGAGAGUGAAGAAAAAGAAGAGGAUUCCCAAAAAGAUGAAGAAGAAUCCCAAAAGAAUGAAGUGGAGCAAUUGGAGGGAGAGGAGGAGAGAGGGGGGGAGGAGGAGGAGGAGGAAGAGGAGGAGGAGGAAGAAGAUGUAAUGAAGGUCCUGGGAAACCUGGUGAUGGCUAUGUUCAUUAAAUACUGGAUUUACGUCUGUGGAGGAAUGUUCUUUUUUGUCAGCUUUGAAGGGAAAAUUGUCAUGUACAAAAUCAUCUAUAUGAUGCUCUUCUUGUUCUGUGUAGUCCUAUAUCAGGUGCACUAUGAAUGGUGGAGGCGAAUUUUGAAAUAUUUUUGGAUGUCAGUGGUGGUUUACACGAUGCUAGUACUUGUUUUCAUCUACACAUAUCAGUUUAAAUCAUUUCCUGGGUUGUGGAAAAACAUGACAGGGAUGAAUGAGAAACAACUAGAAGAUCUUGGCUUAAAGCAGUUUUCUGUAGCAGAGUUGUUUACCCGCAUCUUUAUUCCAACCUCCUUUUUGUUAGUGUGCAUCUUACACCUACAUUAUUUCCAUGACCGUUUCCUUGAACUCACGGAUUUGAAAGCCAUAAUCAGCAAACAGGAUAGUGCCAUUUACAGGCUGGUUCAUCAAGAUGGAAGCCUGCCUGAUAUCACAAUGAUGAAUUUAAAUGCCAAUUUUGGAAAGGAACAGGAGAACAUUUUACGAGAGCAGGAAAAUGUGUUACAAGAGCAGGAAAAAAAUGAGCAGGAAAACGUUUUACAAGUGCAAGAAAACAUUUUACAAGGGCCAGAAAAAAUGUUCCAAGAGCAGGAAAACAUGUUCCAAGAACCGGAACAACGCAUAAUGGAAAGGAGGGAGAAAAGAGAUGAGGAAGAAGGGUAUGAAAAAGAAGAGGAAGAAGUGGAGGAGGAGGAAGAAGAAGAUGAUGAUGAAUCGGAGACAGAAGAUAUAUCAGAUUUAAGAAACAAAUGGCAUUUGGUAAUUGAUCGCCUCACCGUACUUUUCUUGAAAUUUCUCGAAUGUUUUCAUAAACUGCAAGUUUUUGUGUGGUGGCUUUUGGAACUGCACAUUAUCAAAAUUGUCUCAUCAUAUAUUAUCUGGGUCACAGUCAAAGAGGUUUCCCUCCUUAACUAUGUGUUUGUGAUUGCCUGGGCUUUUGCUUUGCCAUAUUCUCAGUUCCGUCCACUGGCAUCCAGUGUCUGCACUGUUUGGACCUGUGUAAUUAUCAUCUGCAAAAUGUUGUAUCAGCUUGGAACUAUUAACCCUGAAAUGUUUUCUGUCAACUGUACAAUGCCUAAUACAACUAAACCUCUAGAAGACAUAAAUGAAUCACUACUUUACAGAAAGCCAAUUGAUCCAACUGAGUGGGUUGGAUUGAGAAAGUCUUAUCCACUUCUUGUAUAUUUGAGGAAUAACCUGCUGAUGUUGGCAAUUCUGGCCUUUGAAGUAACCAUUUACCGGCAUCAGGAAUACUACAGAUGUCGAAACAAUCUCACAGCUCCUGAGACGAAAACAAUUUUUCAUGAUGUUACCAGAUUACAUUUAGAUGAUGGAGUACUUAGCUGUCUUAAGUACUUUGUCAACUACUUCUUCUAUAAGUUUGGUUUAGAGAGCUGUUUCCUCUUGUCAGUAAAUGUAAUUGGUCAACGAAUGGAUUUCUAUGCUAUGGUUCAUGCCUUUGCGUUAAUUGCUGUGUUAUAUCGACGCAGAAGAAAAGCCAUUGCGGAGAUCUGGCCAAAGUACUGCUGUUUUCUAUCGUGCAUCAUUACAUUCCAGUACUUUAUUUGUAUUGGCAUUCCACCUUCUCCUUGUAUAGAUUAUCCAUGGAGACAUCCUAAUGCCAACUUCAACUCUAAUAUCAUCAAAUGGCUAUACUUUCCAGAUUUUAUUAAGGAACCCAAUCCAGUCUUUCUUGUCUAUGAUUUCAUGUUGCUGCUAUGUGCAUCCUUACAAAGGCAAACAUUUGAAGAUGAGAACAAGGCUGCUGUACGUAUCAUGGCUGGAGACAAUGUGGAGAUUUGCAUGAACCUUGAGGCAGCAUCGUUUAGCCAACACAACCCUGUCCCUGAUUUCAUCCAUUGUCGAUCUUACCUAGAUAUGGGUAAAGUGAUAACAUUCAGUUACCUCUUCUGGUUUGUCCUAACCAUCAUCUUCAUAACAGGAACCACUCGGAUCAGUAUAUUUUGUAUGGGCUACUUGGUAGCUUGUUUCUAUUUCCUGCUCUUUGGAGGAGAUUUGCUACUCAAGCCUAUCAGAAGCAUUCUUCGCUAUUGGGAUUGGCUGAUAGCAUAUAAUGUCUUUGUGAUUACAAUGAAAAACAUAUUGUCGAUAGGCGCAUGUGGCUACAUCGAGUCAUUGAUUCAGAACAGUUGUUGGGUGAUUCAGACAUUUAGCCUGGCCUGUACAGUUAAGGGUUACAAAAUUCCUUUAGAUAAAAAUCCAGACUGCAAACUACCCAGUGGGGAGGCAGGAAUCAUUUGGGAUAGCAUUUGCUUUGCCUUUCUCUUGCUGCAAAGAAGAGUCUUCAUGAGUUACUACUUCCUUCAUGUGGUUGCAGAUAUUAAAGCUUCACAGAUUCUGGCAUCCAGAGGUGCUGAACUUUUCCAGGCCACAAUUGUGAAAGCUGUAAAGGCAAGAAUUGAGGAAGAGAAAAAAUCAAUGGAUCAGCUGAAGAGACAAAUGGAUCGUAUCAAGGCCAGGCAACAAAAAUAUAAAAAGGGUAAAGAGAGGGUGUUGAGCAUGAACCAAGAAACCUCAGAUGGGCAAGCAAUUGAAAAGGCUGUUGAAGAAGAUGAUGAUGGAGAAGCAGACAAAGAGAAAGCCAAGGGCAAAAAAAAGCAGUGGUGGCGGCCUUGGGUUGAUCAUGCUUCUAUGGUCAGAAGUGGAGAUUAUUAUUUGUUUGAGACGGACAGUGAAGAAGAGGAAGAUGAAGAGAAAGAAGAAGAGGAAGAAGCUCCAAGAAGAUCUGCAUUCCAGAGAGCUAUUGCGAAAUUUGCUUCUGCCAUUUUAGCCUUGCCAAAGUCUAUUAUUAAACUGCCCAAAACUAUUCUUCAGUAUUUAAUCAGAGCUGCAAAGUUCGUUUAUCAGGCCUGGAUUACUGAUCCUAAAACUGCCCUCCGACAGAGGCGCAAAGAGAAAAAAAAGUUUGGGAAAGAAAGGAGACAAAGGCGGAAAGGAUCUGGGGAAGUUGGUAUAGAUGUGGAGUGUGAAGAAAGAGAGGAACCUGUCAAAAAGAAGUCCUCAGACGGACCCGGUAAGCAAAGAUGCAAGAAAGAUAACAUUAUCAAAAGAAUAUAUAAUAUUUUGAAGUUUACCUGGGUUCUGUUUCUGGCAACAAUAGACAGUUUUACAGCUUGGCUCAAUUCAAUUUCAAGAGAGCACAUUGAUAUUUCCACUGUGCUAAGAAUCGAAAGGUGCAUGCUUACUAGAGAAAUCAAAAAGGGGAAUGUUCCAACUCGAGAGAGUAUCCAUAUGUAUUAUCAGAACCAUAUAAUGAAACUUUCUAGGGAAUCAGGAUUGGAUGAAAUUUAUGAACCUGGACAGGCUGAGAGGACAGAAAGUCUAGAAUCGGCAGUAUCUCGUGACAGCGAAUCCAGCUGCUGCACUGAAGCAACCACACUGUUGUUGUCAAGGCAGUCAACCCUUGAUGAUUUAGAUGGACCAGACCCUAUCCCUAAAACAAGUGAGCGUGCGCGUCCUAGGCUUCGUAAAAUGUACAGCAUGGAUAUGUCCUCCUCAUCUGCUGACAGUGGCAGUAUGGUGUCAAGUGAGGCUACCCAAGUCACCAUGCUGUAUUCUCGUCAGGGGACAGCAGAAACUAUUGAAGAAGUUGAAGGGGAGGACCAUGAAGGAGGAGAAGAAGAAGAGGAGGAGGAGGAGAAAGGGGUAGAUACUGCAUUGAGGCAGGAGCAUGACAUGGAAGUUUAUUGCAUAGAUUCUGAAGGAGCUGCAUAUACUUCUGAUACAGAUAUACCAUCCUAUUCUGGUUUGGAUGGCAUUGCUGAACCCCCUCCUUCCUACAGCAAAGCUGUGAGCUUGGAGCUUUUCCCCUUAGAUAGUUCCCAAGAUGGUUCCUCUGUCAAAAACCAUAUGAUGGUGAGCCCAGAUGAAAAUCAGUCUGACAAACCAGAAGAUUCUAUACUUCCUCCUUUGACGCAUGAGCUUACUGCAAGUGAACUACUUCUAAACAAAAUGUUUCAAGAUGAGGAACUGGAUGAGUCAGAAAAAUUCUACUCUACUCAGCCUCGUUUUUUGCUGCUAAUUUAUGCUUUGUAUAAUACCCUUGUGGCCCGUUCAGAAAUGGUGUGUUUUUUUGUAAUUAUUCUUAAUCACAUGAUCUCUGCCUCCAUGAUUACCCUUGUGCUUCCUAUUCUUAUAUUCCUUUGGGCCAUGCUUUCCGUCCCGAGGCCUAGCAAACGUUUUUGGAUGACAGCUAUAGUCUACACUGAGGUAACAAUUGUUAUAAAAUAUUUUUUCCAGUUUGGCUUCUUCCCUUGGAAUAAGCAACUAGAACUAAACAAGGACAAGCCUUACCAUCCUCCCAAUAUUAUUGGUGUUGAGAAGAAAGAGGGUUAUGUUCACUAUGACCUCGUUCAACUACUUGCUUUGUUUUUUCAUCGAUCCAUUUUAAAGUGUCAUGGAUUGUGGGAUGAAGAUGAUGGAGGAGAAAACUACAGCAGCAAAGGUGACUCUGAUGAUGAGUCAGUUGAGUCGGACAGGAGAGGUUCUGCUGGCUCUUUGACAUCAGUCAAUUUGGCAGCAUCUGUUGAAUCCAUACAUGUUCACUUCCCAGAGCAGCAGACUGCCAUCCGUAGGAAAAGUUCAAGUAGUGGCUCACAGCUUUCUCACAGAUCCAGCUUCUCUUCACACCGUUCAAAAAGAGGAAGUACCAGCACACGGAACAGCAGUCAAAAAGGAAGCAGUGUGCUGAGCAUAAAACAAAAAUCAAGAAAAGAACUUCUCAUGGACAAGCUGCGGGAACAACUUAUCAUAGCUAAGGCAUUUACCAUUAAAAAGACCCUUCAGGUAUAUGUGCCCAUCAAACAGUUUUUCUACAAUCUUAUCCACCCAGAUUACAGUGCUGUGACUGAUGUUUAUGUCCUGAUGUUCCUUGCUGAUACUGUCGACUUCAUUAUCAUUGUGUUUGGAUUCUGGGCUUUUGGGAAACACUCUGCAGCAGCAGAUAUCACCUCUUCAUUAUCAGAGGACCAAGUGCCAAGUGCAUUCUUAGUGAUGGUGCUAAUUCAGUUUGGAACCAUGGUAGUAGAUCGGGCACUGUAUCUAAGAAAGACUGUCAUGGGAAAAGUCAUCUUCCAGGUCAUACUUGUUUUUGGUAUACACUUUUGGAUGUUCUUUAUCUUGCCUGGAGUGACAGAAAGGAAAUUUAGCCAAAAUAUUGUUGCACAACUUUGGUAUUUUGUGAAAUGUGUUUAUUUUGGCUUAUCGGCAUAUCAGAUACGUUGUGGCUACCCAACUCGUGUACUUGGCAAUUUCCUCACAAAAAGUUACAAUUACGUAAAUCUCUUCUUAUUUCAGGGAUUCCGCUUGGUACCAUUCUUAACUGAGCUGAGGGCAGUAAUGGACUGGGUUUGGACAGAUACCACAUUAAGUCUCUCUAGCUGGAUCUGUGUUGAAGAUAUUUAUGCUCAUAUAUUCAUUCUAAAGUGCUGGCGAGAGUCUGAAAAAAGAUAUCCACAGCCAAGGGGCCAGAAGAAGAAGAAGGUUGUGAAAUAUGGAAUGGGUGGCAUGAUUAUCGUCUUGCUGAUUUGCAUCGUUUGGUUCCCUCUGCUCUUCAUGUCUCUAAUUAAAUCUGUUGCAGGCGUCACAAAUAAACCUCUUGAUGUAUCCAUCACAAUAACUUUAGGAGGUUAUCAGCCUAUUUUUACUAUGAGUGCUCAGCAGAGUCAACUAAAAAAUAUGACAUCAGUGGAAUAUAAAAGUUUCCUAAACAGUUUUCGCUCUAAUACAGCUGCUCUACAGUUUUUAGAAAACUAUGGUAAUGAAGAUAUAACAGUUGCACAGCUAGAAGGCAAUUCAAAUUCCUUAUGGACUAUCAGCCCUCCCAGCAGGAAAAAAAUGAUUGAUGAGCUCAACGCAGAGAAUGCUGAAUUUUCUGUAGUUAUUUCAUGGAGUAUUCAAAGAAACAUGUCCCUUGGAGCAAAAGCAGAAAUAGCAUCUGAUAAACAGAGUCACAACCUACGAAAGCAAGCAAGAAAAAGUAUUGCUGAAAUGAUGGCCAACCAAAAGCAAGUUGCUACUGUAAUACUGAAUGAAGUGUAUCCACGCUAUAUCAAGGCACCUAGUGAUUCUGUUGCAAAACCCAUAAAGCAGCUCUUGACAGAUGGAAAAAAUGAAGACAUCACUGUUUCACUGUCCAGGCAUGAUGAAACUGAGUGGUGGGUUCUAAACCAGACUAAAAAAACUCUGGGAACAGGAAAUACAAGUCUGGAACUUAUUGUGUUCAGUGACAAAGUUAGCCCUCCUAGCCUGGGAUUCUUGGCAGGCUAUGGCAUAAUGGGAUUAUACGCUUCAGUCGUCCUGGUAAUAGGAAAAUUUGUCCGUGAGUUCUUCAGUGGGAUUUCCCACUCCAUAAUGUUUGAAGAGCUUCCCAAUGUAGAUCGCAUCCUCAAAUUGUGCACAGACAUCUUCUUAGUGCGGGAGACUGGUGAACUGGAAUUGGAAGAAGAUUUAUAUGCCAAAUUAAUAUUCCUGUACCGCUCCCCAGAGACUAUGAUCAAAUGGACUAGAGAAAAAACAAAUUGAUCUUUUUGGGAUUUGCAUUGUAAUUCAAGAUGACUUCAACUGGUUGUCAUUUUUUUAAAAAAGAACCAAAGCACAACAUUCUCUUAAGAGGGAAGCCUUUUAUAAUUAGGUAGCAAUGAAUUUUCUGUUUGUGGAGUCCAUUUGGCUCCCUAGAAAUAUAUGCUGCCUUUCAAAUCAAAGAUGAAGAAAGCUAGCCUUUUUUUUCAAAUACAACUCCUCUAACAUCAGAGAAAUCUGCUUUUCAUUUUAGUGAACAAAAUAUUCUGCAUCCAUGUCUGACUUGGGCUUCAACUCUCAUUCUCAAGGGAAAAAGAAGGAUAUCACAGCUGAAUUAAUCAGAUCCUCACUUAUUCUGGAGUGAAGUGCAAUAUGCUGCUUUCCAUCACUUUCAUGGGGCAGCAGCGAUCUGAGGAGUUGUUCUAGAAAUUCCAAGACAAUGGAUUACAGUGGGUGCUGAAGGCAACUUUGUUAUGUGCAUUUCUAGAAAACCAGAUCUGCAGAUGUACUUCUGGAAGGAAAAAAACUUCGCUGACAUUAUCUUUAACUGCCUUAUUUUAUUUGGACAAUUAACAGGAGGCAUUGAAAACAUCAGUGACUUUACUCAGGAAAAUAAAAACUGUUAAAAGUUUAACUAGCGAAUAAUGAUUAUGGUGAAACGUUGUAAUAUUUUGCUGGGCCAAUUGCUCCCAAGUAGGCAGGUAUUUUUUUAAAUAAGCCAGUUGAACUUUAUGAUGCCUUUUGGCUUGUUCAGAUACAAUGUUUGGCAAAACAAAUUAUGGUUUCUUUUAAUAUCUGAACUCAAGCCUCUCCAAAAACAAUGGUUGGUUGGGCGCUGACAAACUAGCACCUGAAACCACAGUUUAGAGCUGGUUUACAAACCACAGUGUGUGCCGACUGUGGUUUGCUGUUAUGUCUGAAUUCACAGACCAUUGACAAACCACAGUUAGGGCCAUUGCUCUGCUUUAAGAGGCUGCACCACCAUGGAAAUUAGAGUGAAUUUAAAGAAGCUGAGUCUUGGCCAGCUGGGAAAGGACAAGAAGCUUUAAACUGUUGUAUUACUGUUGUACAUUGGAAAGGUCAAAACCAUGGUGUGAUUUUUGUAAACGAUGAAUACCAUUAAUCAUGGUUUUGCAUUUCAUUUGAACUUAGCCUUUGAUUUCUUGGAAACAUUUAAAGACAAAAUAGGGGAAAGCAUGUUGUAGGAAGCGAAAGAAAAAGAUCACCCUAUAUUGAUGUUUAAAUGUAAACCAUCUGACUUCUACCUAGUAUUUCCUUCCAGUGUUUCAGGUAUACAGAAAUGUUAACAUAUGCAAAUUCUCAUUUUUAUGUCCAGGAUGUGUUUUUAAAGUUCCUCAUUAUGAUAAAACAUAUAUAUAAUGAGCUUGAAAAAAGGGGCUUUUCUUAAAUUAUUGCUAUUGGUGAACACCGGCUAUUUAGCAGAGGACAGUGUAGCAUGAACAUUUAAGUGUUGCAAUGUAAUUUGCAUUACAUGGUUUAGAAAAUGCAAUUUCUCUCAGCAACAGAAAAAUCACUGAAUGGAUAAGGUAUGCUAAGGGGUUUUACUGUGCAGUUUUCACUCCAUACUGACAAAUAAAGCACAUGCUGCAAAGUCAUUUCAGAAGUAUUUUUUCAUA